CUAUGUGCGCGCCGCCGCGCGAUAUAUACGGCGAGGGACGCGGGCACCCACGGUCCGUGUAGAAGCGCUUCUGAAAGAGGACGACAGCAUCUCAGCAGCCACUGACCUCAACACAGCAGUCAGAGAGCAUCAUGGGAGGAGCAGUGGUGGACGACAAGCCUCUUGGGGUGAAGGCACCAGACGGCGGCUGGGGUUGGGCGGUGUUGGCUGGCUGCUUCGUCAUCACUGGCUUCUCCUACGCCUUCCCCAAAGCUGUCAGCGUCUUCUUCAAGGAGCUGAUCCGAGAGUUUGACGUCGGCUACAGUGACACUGCCUGGAUCUCAUCAAUACUCCUAGCCAUGCUGUAUGGCACAGGUCCUCUGUGCAGUGUGUUGGUGAACAGGUAUGGCUGUCGACCGGUGAUGAUGGUGGGAGGGCUCUUUGCCUCACUGGGAAUGAUUCUUGCCUCCUUUGCAACCAGCAUCAUAUACAUCUACAUCUGCACUGGCAUUAUUACAGGUCUGGGCCUUGCGUUGAACUUCCAGCCAUCACUGAUAAUGCUGAAUCGUUACUUCAGUGAGAAACGUCCUCUAGCCAAUGGAUUGGCAGCAGCGGGCAGCCCUGUGGCACUGUGCUGUCUCUCCCCGCUGGGACAGAUUCUCCAGCACCAGUAUGGCUGGAGGGGGGGGUUCCUCAUACUGGGAGGCAUGUUGCUCAACUGCUGUGCCUGUGGUGCCCUUAUGAGACCCCUGUUGCCCUCCAAGAAGACUCAGGAGCUGGAGGAGAACACUCCCACCGACGCAGAAGAGGAUAAGAAGCCCCAGCCGAAGAAGAAACUGUUGGACUUCAGCGUGUUCAAGGACAGAGGUUUUGUCAUCUAUACCGUCGCAGCGUCUAUUAUGGUGCUGGGCUUGUUUGUGCCUCCUGUGUUUGUGGUCAACUAUGCUAAAGGCCUCGGCUACGAGGACACUAAAUCAGCAUUGCUGCUCACCAUCUUGGGAUUCGUUGACAUGUUUGCUCGGCCCGCCUCAGGUCUUAUAGCGGGCAUGAAGUGCGUUCGACCCAAAAGUGUCUACCUAUUCAGCUUUGCUAUGAUCUUCAACGGCUGCACCGACCUCAUAGGAUCAAAGGCAAAUGACUAUGCCAGUCUUGUGGUCUUCUGUAUCUUCUUUGGUAUGUCGUAUGGCAUGGUGGGAGCGCUGCAGUUCGAGGUCCUCAUGGCUAUUGUAGGGACAGAGAAGUUCUCCAGCGCCAUCGGCCUGGUGCUGCUGAUGGAAGCUAUUGCUGUACUAGUGGGACCUCCUGGAGCAGGUCGCCUCUUGGAUGCCACCAAUCAGUACAUGUAUGUCUUCCUAUUGGCGGGCUGUGAGGUCACGCUGUCGGCCUUUGUCUUAGCCUUGGGCAACUUCCUGUGCAUUAGCAGGAAAAAGGAAGAUCCAGAGCCUAAGAUGGAGAUGGCUGUGCUUGCUUCGGAGAGGGAGGGGCUGAAUCGUGCGGCGGACGCUGAGGAAGAUGGUGAAGUAGGAGAGGAGCCGAUGGGAAGAGAGAAUGGAAACGUCAGUGCUGUGAAAGCAGGGGAGGAGGUGGUGACGGUGACGGAGACAGGGGAGGAGGGUGGAGAGGAGAACGCGGAGAUAUCAUCAUAAGAAUAAGACUAGAGAUGAGAAAAGACAAACUGUGCACCAAGAGCACACACAUAAAAGGAAUUUAUGAUAAUCUAUGGCAACAGAUGGUGCGAGGAGCCCCAUAGAAAGGGAGGGGAACAAAGAUGGGUAAGAAAGAGAUCUGAUACUGCUCUGUAAAUGAAAGUUACAGGAUAAUGGAUACAAGGCAGAGAGGUUUCAUUAUUAAGAACUGGUUUCACCUGAAUUGGUUCUAAUGCAACAUGUUGACCAGAUUGGGUACAGUACUGUCAUCCUGGAGUUAAAUGAAGAGUCACCAUAUACUGUAACACCCUGAGAAAAAUACAGCAAUCCCUUUGUGCAUGAAAAUGUUAGACAGAUGCUAUUUGCACCCGGGGUGGAUAGAAACGUGGUUAUUUGCACCCAGGUUUUAGGGUCCCCUGGACCACUGCAGUGAGUCACAUGGGAGAAGUUCUGGCAGAAAGGCUUUACAUGUGGUUAUGUUGUGAAAGAGUCUAUUUUUACCCAAACCAUGAUCUUUCCUAAACCGGAGUUGUUUUGUUACUCUUUAUACUACCUCACCUGACUUCCUAAAGCCUUUCUACUAGAAAGUGACAUUUAAUAAGCGCCUGACGGCAGGAGAAGUUUUGACCACCGCCCGGCGUAUGGCACUUAUUAAAAGGCGCAUUGCAACAUCUUGUGGUGUCCUAUACAUAGCUUUUAAACGAAAACAUGCCUAGAGAAGGUGAAAACACAAAGCGCUGAGGGAGCCAUUGGAUGUCAUAUGGGUGUAAAUAGCCGAAUAGCUGCCAUGUGACUAUUUUCACCCGGGUGCAAAUAGACAAUCCUAAAAUGGUAUUGCCAGCAAAUUCCAUCUGGGUAAGAUAACUUCUUUGUACUGCUGGUUACUCAGACACACAUUACAUUUUAGAACAAAGAAAUGUAUUUCCAGUCUUGUGUACCUUUCUCAGCACUAUUUUUCUCAGUCAGGGUUAAUGGUUUCAAAGAAUCAGACCAAAAAAAAAAAAAAAACUUUACUCAAGGUCCACUUAUUGCUUUUUUGCAGAGCUUCCAACAAUCAUAUCUCACAGCCUUCGUCAGGAGAUGGAGCUUUUUCAGGUGUCAUCAUGAAAUCUACUGUGGGGGCUGGGGGGUUGUACUAAAUGCUAACUCCUUCUGACCAGAUGUUCUGACAGUGCAGUCAAGUAAUGGAGUUCCACUGUGAUGCUCCUGGUGAUCCCAAUUGAAUAGUGACAGGGGUUAAACCCCCCCCCCCCUCUCCUCUAUAUAUGACUACCUGUUUUCACAUGACAGAAGUUCCGUGCUUUGGUCACAUGAUUACAAACUCUGUUCACCACCAAGGACUCUGAGAUGCUACUGAAAGAAAAACUCUGGAAAUAGCUAUUAAGUGAACUGUGUUCAGAGAAUAUGGCCAAACAUUUGCUCCCAGGCUCAAGAAUUACCUUUCACACUCAAGAUUUCAAAUAAUGUAUUUCUUGUUUGUUGCACUUAUGUUUUAUUUGUUGGAAGUAUUUAUUGACAUUUUCCGUGAUCACAGGGGCACACAACUCCUAUUCAAAACCUGGUUGUAAAAAUACAAUUUUUUAUAUUUGGGCCACUCUACAACACACCCUAGCAGCUGAAAUAGAUACUGGAGCUGUUCACUCAUUGCUGAAAUUUAAAAGCCUAAAAGUCUUUGUUUUGUGUUCCAUGAUUUCCGUGUACCACUUUGAGACUUCAUCAAACUGUUGCCUGAUGAGUUUGUCUGCAGGAUACUCAAACAAACUCAGCUUGUUAGUCUCAGUGCAGUAUAUUGGUGAAUACUUAGUUGAUGAAUAUACAGUAUGUCCUUUGUUGUCUUUACUGUUCUGUAAAGGUCUGCUUAAUAUAUGAUACCAAAUGCCGUGAUCUCUGUGCUCUAUGCCCUCUGUGUAUCUGUUGGAUAUAAUGCUCAACAGACCAACAGUAGAAAGCAUGCACAACUUGCUUGGGUGAAGAAAUGUAGCGCACACCUGCUGCACUAGCACAGCUUUUUUUUUUUUUUUUUUUCCUGAGUGGUGUCUUAACAUACCAUAGGGAUGUGAUGCCUGUUUUUC